AUGGCUUGUGGGCAGGGGCAUCUUCAGGGCCCUCUCGUGUCACCGCUGCCUGCUGCUAGAUUUGAGAGUCAGUCCUAUUUGGAAGGGCCGUGGUUCCAGGCCUGUGGUCAGACCAAUGUGUCCUGCAAGAUGGUCAAGGGGAAGGUGGUGGAGGUGGGCAAGUGGCCGUGGCAGGUGAACAUCCUCUACCUAGGCCUCUACCUCUGCAGCGGCUCCCUCGUCCACCACCAGUGGGUCCUCACAGCUGCACACUGCUUACAAAGAUCCAAGGACCCCAACCAGUACUCUGUGAAGGUGGGAGUGCAGCAGCUCCCAGAGAACAACACUCAGCUCCUGAUCACUCGCAUCGUGAUUCAUGAGGACUUCAACAAUCUCAUGUCCCAGGACAUUGCCCUGCUGAAGCUCAGGGACCCCGUCUCCUGGUCCCCCUUCAUCCAGCCCAUCUGCCUCCCCAAGAACAAUUUCAGGCUAACCAUUGGAACCAUGUGCUGGGCCAUCGGCUGGGGAUUUGCGGAGAAAAAAAAGACCCCCAGGCCCCCCUACAGUCUUCAGGAGAUGGCAGUGCGGAUCCUGAACAACGAUGUCUGCAACCAGCGGUACCACUUCCUCUUGUCGGCCGGCCAGAAGAAAUUGAUGGGGAAGGACAUGCUGUGCGGCGGCUCCGAGUGGGGCUUGGACACUUGUCAGGAUAACUCGGGCAGCUCCCUCGUGUGCCAAGUAAACAAGACGUGGAUUCAGGUGGGGGUGGUGAGCUGGAGCUUCAGCUGUGGCCGGCGCCAGUUCCCCAGCAUCUACACCAGCACCCCCCACUUCACCCAGUGGAUCAAGAAGCAGAUCUCCGACAUGAGGUUUGUAAGCCGGGCAGGCUCUGCCCUCCUCACUGGCUACAUUCUGCUGAUCUCACUGGGCUCCCUGUGGCUGCUGUGA